AAGUCUCGCGAGAAGCUACAACUGGUUGCUUAGUUACAGAGUCGGAAUUGCAGCGUUCUGGAAAAAAAAAUAGCUGUUGGCCCGGUCAAGGAUUUCUGUGAAAAUGGCUACUCAGAGGCCUCCAUCAGGGCGACCGAUGACGAGGGGUGGACCAGUGGCAGCUGUGAGGCCCCCUACCACAGCAAUCAGAGUGACAACAGGGGCUCCUCCAGGCACCGGGCGUCCAGGGACUCGAGGUAGCUCAGUGGCUCCGGGAGGUGUUCUUUCUGCACAGAUUAAAGUUGCAGAUCGUCCUGUUACUCAGCAGGGUCUAAGUGGCAUGAGGACUGGGAUGAAAGGACCUCAGAGACAAAUAAUGGACAAGUCCUAUUACCUUGGUCUUCUCAGGAGCAAGAUAAAUGAAUUGACAACGGAGAUCAGCAGACUUCAGAAAGAAAUAGACACAUUCAAUCAAGAAAACUCAGUGUAUCUGUCAUAUGAGAAAAGUGCGGAAGCUUUGGCUGGCGUCAUCAAGGAUCUGCAAGGUCAACUAGCAGACUACAAUACGCUAGUAGACAAGUUGAACACUAACACAGAGAUGGAAGAAGUUAUGAUGGACUAUAACAUGCUGAGAGGUCAGAAUGACAGAGAGGCCCAAAGUAUUGAUGCAAUUUUUACAGAAAGACGCGAAAAGGAAGAAAUGAUCCGGACAGUGGAACAGGAGAUAGAUAAUGAAAAGCAAGCAGCUGAGAACAUCAUCAAAAAAAUGCCCCGCGAUAAACAAGCGAAGUAUGCUGAGAUGAAGAUCACCAACCAGGAGAUACUACAGGAACUGAGUGCGCGACAACAGGAACUAGAUAAACUGAGCAUGAGAAAGGAGGCUUUGGAGGCGGAGAUUUUACACUCUCACGUGAAACAGGAAGCAGUUGUGUUGUACGAAAAGAUCCAUGAACUCGAGCAGCGACGAGACCAGAUGAUUGCUGAGGACAAAAGUUUAGGUUCCCCGCAGGAGGAGCGGGAGCGUCUUCUGAAGCAGGUAAAAGAAGACAAUCAAGAAAUAGCUAGCAUGGAACGGCAGCUGACGGAAAUUAAAGAAAGACUAAGCCAGAUAAAUGACGAAAUGCAGCAGAUAGACAAUGACAUGGAGGAACAUCAAGGGGAAAAAAAUCUAAAGUAUAAAGAGCUGAAGAAACGAGAGGAAAGCAUGGACAAUUUUCUGGAAUCGUAUGAAAGCACCAAAGCACAAGACGUUGAACGCAGAAGCCAGGUAGAGGCCAGCAUUGUUGCACUUCUGGAGCAUACAAGUAGGAAUAUGAACCGUUUGAAGCAGAUCUCCUCAGUAACAGCUAGUGAGCUGAAAACCAUGCAAGAAGAUCUUACAUUUAAGGAAACCGAAAUGCAGAAAUCCCAAAGUACAGCCAAAGGCUUAUCAGCAGAGAGUCAGCGGCUGCAGCAGGAUCUCCAGAAGGUAGAACAGUUAGAGAGCAAGAUAAACACGGAGCUGAGCUCUCUGAAGGAGAAGAUCGAGCAAAUGACAGAGGGUCUUGAGACGUAUAAUAACCUGGAUGCGCUGAAGACAGCUGGAGAGGAAAAGAAGAAGAAACUGCAAGAGGACAGAGUGACUUUAACCAAACGAUGCGACACCUUUAAGAAGGUUAUGAAGAAGCUGAAUGCUGAAUACGAUGCACUGAAAGCUCAGAUUGAAGAAAACGAGACUCAUGCACAGCUUACAAACCUCGAAAAGAAAUGGCAGCACCACGAGCAGAACAACUUUGUCAUGAAGGAGUUUAUCGCCACAAAGGGCAUGGAGAGCGACUACCGUCCAGUGGUCAAGACCGUGUCCAAGCAGCUGGCCGACUACAACAAGAUGCUCAUCGACAACCUGCAGAACACCAGGACCUGAGACGGCGGCUCGCGCUCCUCAUUAGGACCUUAGUAGUUUUUUCGUGAUUCUGAUCAUAACACAACUUCUUUCAUGAUGUCAAUAUUGAAGCAAACAUAUUUUUUAUUUUAAUAAAUAAUAUGAAUAAAAGUUAUAUGCAAUGA